AUUCUCUCCGACUCCUUCUCUCUCUCUCUCUCUCUCUCUCUCUCUCUCUCUCUCUGUCCUUGUUUGAUUUGUGAUUCUUGUUCGGAAAACUGAAAAGAAUUAGAAAUAGAGUUGAAAUUAUGAAUUAUUGUUCUUAUUUGCGGAUUAUUUUUUCCUCUCAAUUUUUACAUGUCGUUUUUUUUUUCUUGAAUCAUUUUCGACAAAGAAAUGCGUAAUUAGUAGUAAGAUGGAUGCAUUUGGAUUGGACCCAUUGCAGUUGAGGACAUGGUUUGUGGUUUUGUUUUGUCGUUUGCAUUAGAUGGAUAUUAGUGUUGUACAGGUAGCCGUGGCUUGGAAGUCUGUACCAGUGCAGUACAGCAACAUAUGGAAUUAGGCUUCGAGUAUCAGCCACUGCAAAGGUAGAAGUUUGGAGUCCACAUCACAAAGUGAGGGACGUUAACGGCGCCACAGAAAUGAAGGUCAGGGUGGUGUGUCGGAAAGUGUAUGAUUACAUUCGUUAUGAUCUGAAAGAGAUUGCAUUUCCAUCUUCGCUGCCGGACCCUCCUCAUAUCAAGAAGCGCCGUAAGCUCACCAUGCAUGAGUGGUUCUUGGUGUUGAAGGAGGCUUCUAGGCUUUAUGCCGCCAGCUGGGUGCGGGAUGUUGGUCCUGAACUGCGACCUAAUGAUUAUAAGAAUAAAGAGAGUGAAGAUGGAGCUGGUGGAGCACAGAGAACGGCUAAAGAGAAAGAACCCUCAACCUUAGAGGAUCUUGCUGUGGCUGCAAGAGGAGGAAUGGAGACAUUAAAGCCUGCUCUGCAGCGGGUGUACAUGACAAGAGCGUCUGCAUAUAGAGAUGCUCUUCAAAGUUUUAUACAUGGGUACCAAGAAGGCAUCCAGCAGGUCAUGGAGAGAAAGGCAAAAGAUUCUAAAUCUGAACAAGAAAGUGAUAAAUCUGCGUAACAUCUCUUGUUACUCUUCAUAGUUGUUGCUGCACCUACUGACACCCCUUCUCUCGAAGUCAUGGGGUCAUUUUGCCGAGUUCCUUCGACAUGUUUCUCCCAAGCACCCUAGUAUAGUGUACUUGUUAUCUGUGUCGACUACAAGUUCUUGAGCUCUACUUUUAGCUCUGGUUUAAGAACACCUGCCAUGGUUUUUCAUUCAAGUAUUCAAGAACUCGAAAGAAAAUUUAAGAAAUGUAAAUAUAAUGUAGAUUUGCACUAUUUUUUCUCUUUUGGGACUGAUAUAAAUCUGCUUUAUUGAAGUGAUGAAUUUUUACCUUGUCACUAGUGGUAAUAAAUUUUUACUUUUAGUUUUA